AUGUCAUACUUCUUUGUCGGKCCUCCAGUGCCUUUCAAUGGCACAAACGAGCACACCGGUGGUGACUCCAGCACCGAAAACUUGAACGGAUGGUUCUCAGCAGGAGACCAGGCCUACAUCAUCGUGGCCUCUGCGAUGGUCAUGGUCAUGAUUCCAGGUCUUGGAUUCCUAUACUCCGGUCUUGCUCGUAGAAAGUCGGCCUUGACCAUGAUCAUGGCCUGUUUGGGCUCUGCCUCGGUCAUCACUUUCCAGUGGUACUUCUGGGGUUACUCGCUGGCAUUCAGCCGAUAUGCGACCGACAACCYGUUCAUUGGCGACUUGCAGCAAUUCGGACUCAUGAAGACUUUGGCAGUACCCAGCCAGGGUAGUCCACUGAUUCCAGACCUGCUAUAUGCUUUUUACCAGAUGCAAUUCUGUGCAGUGACUGCUGCCAUCGUCAUGGGUGCCAUUGCUGAGCGUGGCCGUCUCAUGCCAGCCAUGGUCUUCAUCUUCGCCUGGGCCACCAUCGUGUACUGUCCGAUCGCAUACUGGGUGUGGAACGCCAACGGAUGGGCAUUCAAGUGGGGUGUCCUCGAUUAUGCUGGUGGUGGUCCUGUUGAGAUCGGCUCCGGUUUGUCUGCUCUCGCGUACUCCAUGGUUCUUGGCAGACGGCAAGAGAAGAUGAUGCUCAACUUCCGCCCACACAAUGUCUCCCUCAUCACGCUUGGAACGAUCCUGCUCUGGUUUGGAUGGCUUGGAUUCAACGGAGGUUCCGCUUUUGGUGCCAACCUCCGCGCGGUCAUGGCCUGCUGGAACUCCAACAUUACCGCCAUGUUCGCCGCCAUGACUUGGGUUCUUCUCGAUUGGCGCCUCGCGCGCAAGUGGUCCAUGGUUGGAUGGUGCUCUGGCACCAUCUCCGGUCUCGUUGCUGCUACUCCUGCAUCUGGAUUCAUCCCGCCGUGGGCCUCGGUCGUGCUUGGCAUUACCACUGGCGUUGUCGCCAACUUUGCCACAAAGAUCAAGUACUGGGUCAAGAUCGAUGACUCCAUGGAUGUCUUCGCUGAGCACGGAGUCGCCGGCAUUGUUGGUCUCAUCUUCAACGGUUUCUUUGCUGCCACCUAUGUGAUCGGGCUUGAUGGCGUCAACACUGGUGCAUUCGAUGGUGGCUGGAUCCACAAGAACUGGAAGCAGAUGUACAUGCAAAUUGCUUUCAUCGUCGCCGCCUCGGCUUGGGCGUUUGUCGUGAGCGCCAUUCUCGCUUUUGGCAUCAACUUGAUCCCCGGCCUCAAGCUCCGCGCUUCAGAAGAGGCCGAACUCCUCGGCAUGGAUGACGACCAGCUUGGCGAGUUUGCAUACGACUACGUUGAGGUGCGUCGUGACUACCUCGCCUGGACACCCGCAAAGACCGAGCAGGAAGGUGAGGGUCACAGCAUUCCCCAGGGGGAGCGCUACGGCAUUCAGCAGCACAGUGAGAUGCUCGAGGGCAAGGAUCCGGCGGGCAGCGAGGGCAGCAGUGGUCACGAGCACACUGGUAUUGGUGGUGAUCGUCAUGGCGUUGCUUAUGAAGAGAUGGAAAAGAGUCGCCGUGAGGAGGCGGCUGGUGGUCACUGA